AGGUUAUGAAGGAAUCACAGGUGGAUGAGAUUAGAUUGGUGACCGGGUCCGCUGAGUCCGCAGCACUCAGACUACGUGUUCCUCUGCAGCAGGUGCAGGCCCAGCAGUCACCAUUUCUGAUAACUUCCACAUGGAUUCUGAUGGCAGUGACUCUUCAGACUCAGAGUCUGAUCUCCUGCUGGGCUUUCUGGACAGUCUGGACCCAGAAAUGUUUCUCAGAUAUACUGAUUCAGAGUCAACAUGCCUGGAAAAGCUGGAGGAAGAGAUCUGUGGAGAAACAAAUUCCAUACCAGCCUCCCCCUCUCCGUCUGUGGGGUCCCCAUCAGCUAAGCUGGAGGCCAUUAAUGAACUCAUAAGGUUUGAUCAUGUGUACACAAAGCCCCUAAUGCUGGAGAUUCCUGUUAAAAUGGGGAACCAAACCAAUAUGCUAGUGAAAAUUGAAGAAGUAUCUCUCUCUCCAUUUGAAGACAAAGAUAUCCCUGAGGUUCCAGUGAAAGAGGAACCUGUAGACAGCUUCAUGCCUGAGCUGGGCAUCUCUCAUCUGCUUUCCUCUCAUCAUAGCCUUGCAGCCUCAAACUGUCUGUUGGAUGCCUGUAGUGACUCUGGGUAUGAAGGAUCCCUGUCACCCUUCAGUGACAUGUCUUCUCCACUUGAUACUGACCAUGCUUGGGAGGAUAGCUUUGCCAAUGAACGCUUUCCCCAGCUGAUCAGUGUCUGACUCCCCUUGGAUAACUCUCCUGGCAGGAUAAUGGGAUAUGCCCCUUUGCGGGGUGGAAGGGAAAUGGGGCAUAUUCAGAAAAGCAU